AAAAUACCGCUACUCUAUGGCUGGCAUCCCGACAUUCGAGGAGAUGCGAGUCCGCUUGCAGCCUGUCUGGGAAAGCGAGGACAAUAAGUCGUAUAUCGCUUGGGCGGGUAUAUUCGGUUCAGUCGGGCGAGGACGCGCACACAAGGACUCAGAUGUAGAUGUCGUGCUGGUGAUGAAGGAAGGUCUUACGGGCGAACCUCCAUGGCUCGAGGACGAUUUGAAGGAGGCAUGUGGCCGCGACGUAUCGUAUAUUCCUAUCUGGCGAGAGCCGAAAUAUCCAUGGAUGUGGGGUCACGUCCGAAUCGAAGCCCUCCUAGCCAGCCGAACCGUUUAUGGAGACCCGAAGGGCGUAGAGUAUCUCAAACGUGAAGGUCUGGAAAAGUUGGAUCAAGCUGCAAUCACGUACGACGCCGUUCUGGUCGAAGUGAAGAGACUCAGGAACUGCGUUUCGAAUGCCCAGACUUAUGAGACUUUCGCACAUUCGGCCUCUCAACAUUUGCGUAGAGAAUGUCUCGACGCCCUCAGGAAUCUUCUUCCCUUGUUCGACAUUCCAGAAGCUGAUAGCGAUCCAGUACGAACGAUGGUCGUUUACGUGGCCUUUCAACAGGCGGAUAUCAUACGCAAACUAAUCGUCACCCAUGACCACGAGGAUCUGGUCCAGAACGGUGAUUGCGCGGUAUGGAGGGAUAUAUGGGUACGUUUACAGCCUCGUCACCCAGCUAUCACCUGUUGGGAUAUGGGCGUUUCAUAUGCGAGAAAGUAUCUGGAUCAUAUGUGGGCGAGCGCAAAGCUUGCUGAGUGUUUUGAGCGGGGUGACGUUCCAGAUGAUAGCAUGUACGCCAAUAUUGUGCGAUAGGCCAUUUUACUUAAGCACUAUGUGCAUUU